AGCAUUCGAUUUUCUACAGCAAGACUGUCGCUGUUUCACAAUAAACAUCUUUAUAUAAAAAAUGUCGAAAAAAGCCAAACCUUUAAGAGCUAAAACUACAAAAGUAGUAUUAAAAACUGUAUUAGGAACCCCUUUCAAAUAUAAUUGGGAAAUCAACGAAAAGAGUGAUGAAAUUUUAACGAAAGUCAAAAAAGAGCUAAAAGAAUGUGAAGUAAAAAAGUUUCCUGGGUAUAAAAACUGGAAAAGCGAAGGUUUUAAAACUCGUGCCGAGAAGCUUGAUAAUUAUCGAAAAAAUUUAACUAGCGAUCAAAAGAAUCUCUUAUCACAAUUAGCGUGCGGAAUAAAUGAAGUAACCAAAGCCUUGGAAAAAAACGAUUUGAGUGUUUUACUAGUUGAAAAAAGUGUACCGCAAAUAAUGAUACGGCAUUUGAUACCUUUGAGUGCCCUUAAACAUUGUCCUACAGUCUGCGUAUCAGGAAUGAAAAAUUACCUUACAAAUCAAUUAGGCGUAACCUCUCUAGUAGCCUUUGGCAUUAAAAAAAAAAAAGAAGGUGAUUGCGAUAAAUUUCAAGGUAUAAGAGAUAUUAUACAAAGCUACGCUUUACCUAUUAACUUGGAAAAUAUCGGUUUACAACUUAAUGAAACGCAAGAAAAGAGUAAACAAGUGAAGAAGCUUAAAAGAAAGAAGCAAGCUCCCAAUAAUGAACUUUCCCUUAAAAAGGAAAAAAUUGACGAAAAAGUACAGACAGCAGACUUUGGAAGUGAUUUUAUUUCUUUUGGCACUGUUAAAUCCGAAAAUUCCUGGAAAGAGAAGUUAGAAGGACCUAAAACAAUUCGGGCGGAUAAUCUUUAUAAAACUUUAAACAUCCAAAAAAUACCACGAAAUCAGAAUAGAAAGUCUGGUAAAAAGAAUAAAGAUAUAUUAUAA